AUGACCGACAAAAAUCAGAGCGAUUCCGAUGAGGACAUCGAGAGCCUUACCAAUCACGAAACGUCGCUGGAAGCGGCUGCAAAAGCUAGAAAAAGACGAUUACUAGCGAUGAAAUCCAAGAUUCAUGGAGUUGAAAUGCAAGAAGAAGACUACGACCAAGGCGAGACUUCAACAAAGAAAAAUCGCGAAAACGGGCGAGAAUUCCGGAAUCACAAGCCAGAUGAGGAGGUUGGCACACAGAACGCCGCAAUGGAUUUGGACAUUGUUCAGAGAGAAAUCACAGAUCAUUUGAAGGACACCCUUCACGAGAAAGCCAUCGACAGUGUGGAUUUGGCAAUGUUGGCUCCGAAAAAAAUCGAUUGGGAUCUGAAGCGAGACAUCGAGUCGAAGUUGCAAAAGUUGGAGCGAAAAACGCAAAAAGCCGUCGCCACAAUUAUUCGACAACGGCUUGCCGAGGGAAAAGGAGAUCUCGCGGCGACUGUGAACGCAGCCGCUGCUCAGAAUUUGUGA